AGAGAAUUGCAUAAUUGCCCAUCAAAAAAGAAGACGUAAUUGCGCAAAAGCCUUUUUCCGAGAUCGGCGAAACAAAUCGCUGUAAAACCCAGCCUGCUAAUCGCCCCACUAGGAGUAGUAGGAGGACUCUCCGAGGUCCGAGCGGGGUAGGCAGGUGUCCGAAACGGAUCACCAAACCCCGCCGGCGCAGCCGAGAGAUCCGACGUCGCCGCGAUCCAUGGCCGCCUCGACGGCGGCGGCGCGGCGUCUCCUCCUCGCCCUCGCCGUCCUCGCCGCCUGCCUCGGCUCGGCGCCGCACGGGGCCGUCGCGCUCCGCUCGCUCGGCGUCGGGGGCGCCAAGGCGGCCGACGGGGACGCGGCCGUGGACCUCGACGCGUCCAACUUCACCGCCUUCCUCCAGACUUCGCCGGAGUCGUUCGCGGUCGUCGAGUUCUUCGCCCACUGGUGUCCUGCCUGCAGAAACUACAAGCCUCACUAUGAGAGGGUUGCAAAACUUUUCAAUGGCCCAGAUGCUGCACAUCCAGGGACUGUUGUGAUGGCACGAGUUGAUUGUGCAUCAAAGGUGAACGUGGAUCUUUGCAACAAAUUCUCUGUUGACCAUUAUCCUUACCUGGUGUGGGGUCCGCCAACAAAAUUCAAUUUGGCUCAGUGGAAACCAAAGCAAGAGAAUAGUGAAUUGGAACUAAUUGAUGAUGGAAGAACAGCAGAUCGGUUACUGAAAUGGAUAAAUAAGAAGAUGGGAAGCUCAUUCAAUUUAGACGACAAAAAGUAUGAGAAUGAAAGUAUGCACCCAAAAAAUACUUCAGAUCCUGAACAGAUUGUUCGAGCAAUUUAUGACGUUGAGGAAGCUACAUCUCAUGCAUUGCAGAUAAUUUUGGAGCACAAGAUGAUCAAACCAGACACUCGUGACUCGCUUAUUAGCUUUUUACAAAUUUUGGUGGCUCAUCAUCCAUCAAAGAGGUGUCGAAGAGGAUCUGCUGAGCUACUUAUUGACUUUGAUGAUCACUGGCAUACAAACCUCUCAUUAAGUUUGGAAGACAGUACUACACUGUUGAAAGGUGCAGGAGAGAAAGUAUGUGGAAAUGGAGUGCCACGUGGAUACUGGAUUUUCUGCCGAGGAAGUAAAAAGGAAACAAGAGGAUUUAGCUGUGGCCUAUGGGUUUUGCUGCAUUCACUAACUGUCCGAAUCGGAGAUGGAGAGAGCCAAACAACAUUUACAUCAAUUUGUGAUUUCAUCCACAAUUUCUUCAUAUGUGAGGAAUGCCGCACACACUUCUAUGAAAUGUGUUCAAGUGUAUCAGUCCCCUUCAAAUCUGCCCGUGACCUUGCCCUCUGGCUAUGGACCGCGCAUAACAAAGUUAACGAGAGGUUGAUGAAAGAAGAAAAGGAGUUAGACAAUGCUGAUCCUUCAUUUCCUAAGAUCAUAUGGCCUCCAAAGCAACUCUGUCCAUUGUGCUACCGUUCUUCUAGUAGGACGGCUGAUGGAGCCAUGCAGGUUGAGUGGAAUGAAGAUGAAGUAUUCAAUUUCUUGGUUAACUACUACGGGAAGAUGCUUGUAUCAUCCUACAGGGAGACCUCCAUGCAGUCCUUUCAAGUAGCCUCAAUUUCUGACGAUUCUUCCGCAUCCAGUGCCGCAACAGUACCUAUUGGAGCUGCCCUGGGUAUCGCCCUUGCUAGCUGUACAUUUGGGGCGCUAGCAUGCUUCUGGAGGACCCAACAGAAGAACAGAAAGUACUACCAUUUACGUUCUUUAAAGAAAAUUUGACUAAACAUUUUAGGCAAAGAAAGAACUGGAACUGAAUAUCUUGCACCACUUGCAAACCCUAAACUGCAUGUCUGCAUCAGAAGUAGCCUCCGUGAGUGUAAAUUUUCUGGACCGGUUAUCUUGACGAUGGGCCCAAAAGAGUCGAAAACAGAUGAAAAACAUACAGAGUAGAUUUAGUAGUGCUGAGUCACGUGGUAGUGUUGCGCGACGGCGCGAACUUUGUUGCAACAGGUAAUACAGAUUGAACGUGUAAACUCUGCCCUUAACAUGUUUCUCGGAUACCUUUACCUGGUUAUCGAUGUAAUAUUAUCAAUUUAAUGAGUGAAAACGCUGUGCCUUACUUUA